AGCAAUUCAUUUAUGCGAUUUGAGUUUUUCUACUGCAGAUGGCGGAAUUGUUUAAAAAUAUUAGAGAGUUAAAGUCAAUUCUUUAUGGAGAUAGUGAAUCCGAGCCGGUUACAGAAGCUUGUGCACAAUUGACUCAGGAGUUUUUCAGAGAGAACACAUUGCGGCUUUUAAUUACAAAUCUUCCAAAACUGAACUUAGAGGCGCGAAAAGAUGCAACUCAAGUUGUUGCAAAUUUGCAAAGGCAACAAGUCCAUUCACGGUUGAUUGCUUCUGAUUACUUGGAAGCAAACACUGAUCUUAUGGAUGUUUUGAUAUUAGGUUAUGAGAACACAGACAUGGCUUUACAUUAUGGUGCAAUGCUGAGGGAAUGCAUACGUCAUCAGAGUGUUGCAAGGUACGUUUUGGAAUCACAGCACAUGAAGAAGUUCUUUGAUUAUAUACAACUUCCAAAUUUCGACAUUGCUGCAGAUGCUGCUGCAACUUUUAAGGAACUCUUGACAAGGCAUAAGGCUACUGUAGCUGAAUUUCUUUCUAAGAAUUAUGACUGGUUUUUUGCAGAAUAUAACUCAAAGUUGCUGGAAUCUAGCAAUUACAUUACCAGACGACAAGCAGUCAAGUUAUUGGGAGAUAUAUUAUUGGAUCGAUCAAACUCAGCUGUAAUGACAAGAUAUGUGAGCUCAAGGGAUAAUUUAAGGAUUCUAAUGAAUCUUUUAAGAGAUGAGCAGUUCGAGGCAGACAAGGCCCAAGUCGUAAAAGAAAUUUCAGCCCUUGAGCCCAAGGACCGUGCAUGAUUAUCUGCUAUAUAAUCUUGGUUGUUUGUUUUACCUUUGAAAAUGAUAUCUGUGAAUCAUAUGGCAAAGUGCAUUCCAUGUAGUCAAUUAUAAACUUUGUGGAAGAGGGAAAUGAUAAAAUAAUACAUCAAAUGAGUUUGUUUGUAGCGACUUUGAUUUUGGACAUAGAUGAAAGAGACAGUAAUUGAGCUAUGGUUGCUUUCUGAAUCGGGAAAUUGUCUUUGUCCUCUUAUCCUCUGCUGUGCAAGGCUUUGUCUUCAGGCUCUAAAGUCUUGGUAUGAUUUUAGUAUGAAAACAACUCGAAGUUGCCAUGCGAAGCUUGGAAGGAUGCUAUAAACCGACCCCACAUGUUUAGAAAUUAAAAGAAUCACCUUCAGAAGAGACAUUCCUCGCGUAAGGGAAUGGAGGGAAUAGGAUUUCUGUUUUUUUGAUUUGAAUGGUGCGAAUGAAGGGAAUAGUUAUGA